AUGGAGAAAAGGGAGGGACUUACCGAUAUUCUUUCCGGUAUCUCUCGUCUUCGCCCAGGAAUUCAAUGGUCGUUGCCUGACAGCAAUCCCCACCGCGGCGGCUCCCACGAUGUCUACAAAGUCUUGUUCCAGGACUCAAUACAAUGGGCUGCCCGAGUCUGCCAUGAUCCUGAUGAUUGGGAAUCUGAGCUGCGUGCUAUGGAAAAGUUUACAUACUUCAAAAGGGGAUGUCCAGAGAUCAAGGCUCCAGAUAUCGUCUUCGAGAAUCGUGUCUUGUAUUCGGAAUGGCUUCCUGGCAAACCAUUAGCGAUCUGGAACUCUCAAAUAGCUUUGGCUCAGCGCCACAGGCUCCUUGAUGAUCUUGCAGACUUCCUACUGCAAUUAUGGACUGUUCCAGGCCCUGCGUCAAUGUUGCCUACAUCAUCAAGUUUGCCAUAUUCUACUUGGUUGACAGAGAGCUUGGACCGAGCGCUUCGAAGGACCCUGUCUGGAAUGGCAAAAUGGGGCAAUGCAGUUGAUUACUUGAUCAUCAGGUCCAUGAUCCCAUCCUACGCUAAGUGGGAUACUUACAUGGACCUAGGCUUCGCACAUGGGGACCUUAAUCCGUAUAACAUCAUGAUUGAUGAAAAGUUUCAACUAACAGGGGUAAUUGACUGGGAUUGGAUCCAUGUUGCACCCAUCCCAGCUGUCAUACACCAUCCUUGGUUUAUAGCCGACAUCCCUGGUUGGAACAACGAUGGCGUUGUUUUAGGGGAAUCCUUUGAAGUGGACCGGGCGUAUCUUGAGCACACACUUAGGAAGAAAGAGAUUUCGCAGCAUUCUGUCUCAAAAGUAUCAGACCUUCUAUCUGACUCAACUGAAAGGUUAUUCUUCCAGUCAGCAUUUCAUUUCAAAGGCAUCCAUGAGAAAUUUGUCAAGUUAUAUUGUGCGCACACAGAGGAGAAUUUUAGGGCUGCCAAGUCACAGUUAGAUGCAGUCCUCACCAAGUAUCCGGCCUGGACACAUUUGUCGGAGGUGAACAAGGUCAGGGAUAUUCUUGGUUGA